CGAGAUGAAUUGCAAAAUAAAUUGUGAUUCGUCAACGUGAAAUAUUCUCCAAAGUCCAAUAGUACCAAGAAAUCAAACGCAAAAAUAAUAUUGUUCUCUUUAAUAAGUAUCAAUAUAUAAUCAAGGUGUAAUUGUAUCGCUUUUAUGAUCUAUUAACUUUUGGUACUCCCGGUUUCAAAAAAUAUACUGUUUGUGUAUAAGUAAGCUCGAGUUUUGCUAUCAUGUCUACAACUGCUUUGUUUGGUAACACUUCUGGUCUCGGUGGUAGUUCUGGAGGUAACAAGCAUUUGGUGGAAUUCAGAGCAGGAAGAAUGACAUUGAAGGGUCGCAUGGUUCAUCCGGAUAAAAGGAAGGGUCUGUUAUAUGUGUACCAAGGAGAGGAUUCUUUAAUGCAUUUCUGCUGGAAAGAUCGUACAACAGGAGAGGUUGAAGAUGAUCUAUUAAUUUUCCCUGAUGAUUGUGAAUUUGUACGUGUAAAUGAAUGUACCACGGGCCGAGUUUAUGUGCUGAAGUUUAAAUCAUUCUCAAAGAAAUAUUUCUUUUGGAUGCAGGAACCUAAAACCGAAAAGGAUGAGGACUUAUGCCGUCGUAUCAACGAGGCUCUUAAUAACCCCCCCACUUCUGGAGGUAGAGGAGGUGCGGGGAGCUCUGGUCAAGAUGGUGAACUACAAAACCUUCUGAACAAUAUGUCCCAACAGCAACUUAUGCAGCUUUUUGGAGGUGUAGGACAAAUUGGGGGGCUAUCAUCUUUGCUGGGGACUAUGGGAAACAAUAGCAGUAGCAACAGUGGUAAUUCAAACAGCCGUCCAUCUGGUGGCAGCAACAAUAGCUCACGAGGUGGGAGUGCUCCGAGAACUACUGAAGCACCAACCACAAGGACUCCAUCACGAGCCAGAGAUGUGCCAGCACCAACUGCCACACCACCUAAUACUGCUACUGUAGCUCCACCAAGGGGAGAAGGUGGUCAGAUAUUUCUGUCGGACCUGCAGCGCUACUUCUCCGAGCUCGGCAACGCGCCCCCCGGUGCGGGUGCCCCUGCGGGAGCCCCCGCGGGAGCCCCUGCGGGUGCCCCUGCGGAGGGGCCCGGCGGGCGCGUGGAGCUGUCGUCGGCGCUGGCCAGCCCCGAGGUGGUGAAGACGGCCAGCGAGCCGGCGCACGCGCAGCGCCUGGCGCCGCACCUGCCGCCCACGGCGCCUCAGGACGAUGUAAGGACCACACUGCUCUCUCCGCACUUCGCCCAGGCUGCAAAUCAGUUUUCGUCGGCGCUGUCUACUGGUCAGAUGGGGCCGGUGAUGUCUCAGUUUGGUCUGGCGGCAGGUGUGACUACUGCUGCCAACACUGGAGAUAUGCAGGCUUUCUUCAAAGCCCUGGAGAGUAACUCCAGUUCGUCAGAUUCGUCUAAAGCGCAAAAGGAAGAGGACAAAAAGGAGAAACCACAGGAUAAAAAUGAUAAGAAGGAUAAAGAUGGUGGUUCUGGAAUGUCACUUGACUAACAAUCUUUUGUGGUAGAAUUGUAUAAUGUUUUUAAUUUGUGACUGCAGUUUUGAGUAUGUAUCAGGCAAAUUAAAUGUGUAAUCCACUUGAUUAUUUUAAUGUUUAAAUUGAAUACUUCUAUAUUAUUAUGAUUUUCAGCGUGUAAUAAGUAAAAAAAUAAAAAAAAAUGCUGUAUUAUCUAUUUGCCCUCGAUUUUGUCUUAAAAAUUAUUUUGUUUGAAUUAGAGGAGAUUCUUAUUAAGAUCUAGACGUCAAUUCGUCAACAUUUUAUUAUUGUAAAUAAUACAAAUUAUAGAUUUUCGAUAUCUAAAUGAUGACAAACAACUUUAGAACAAUUAAUGUGAAUAAAUGUAUGGCUACAUU